AUGCGGCCCGCCCGUACUGCGCUCUGUCUGCGCCUGAUCUUGGCCCUGGGCCUGGCGCUCGUUGGCCUCAUGGCUGUGGGGUGGGCCUCGGCCCGGGCCCCCGUCUAUGUCAGCAGCUGGGCAGUGCGGGUGUCCCAGGGUUACCAGGAGGUCGAUCGCCUGGCGCGCAAAUUCGGCUUCGUCAAUUUGGGGCAGAUUUUCCCUGAUGGGCAGUAUUUCCAUCUGCGGCACCGGGGCGUGGUCCAGCAGUCCCUGACCCCGCACUGGGGCCACUGCCUGCGCCUAAAGAAAGACCCUAAGGUGCAGUGGUUCCAACAGCAGACAGUGCAGAGGCGGGUGAAACGCUCCCUGGUGGUGCCCACGGACCCCUGGUUCUCCAAGCAGUGGUACAUGAACAAUGAGAUGCAGUCAGACCUGAACAUCCUGCAGGUCUGGAGCCAGGGGCUGUCGGGCCAGGGCGUCGUGGUCUCUGUCCUGGAUGAUGGCAUCGAGAAAGACCACCCAGACCUCUGGGCCAACUACGAUCCCCUGGCCAGCUAUGACUUCAAUGACUACGACCCAGACCCUCAGCCUCGAUACACACCCAGCGAUGAGAACCGGCACGGGACCCGCUGUGCCGGGGAAGUGGCAGCAAUGGCAAACAACAGGUUCUGUGGUGCGGGUGUCGCCUACAACAGCCGCAUCGGAGGUGUGCGCAUGCUGGAUGGCACCAUCACCGACGUGAUUGAGGCCCAGUCGCUGAGCCUGCAGCCACAGCACAUCCACAUCUACAGUGCCAGCUGGGGCCCCGAGGAUGACGGCCGCACGGUGGACGGCCCAGGCAUCCUCACCCGAGAAGCCUUCAGGCGUGGCGUGACCAAUGGCCGAGGCGGGCUGGGCACCCUCUUCAUCUGGGCAUCAGGCAAUGGUGGCCUGCACUAUGACAACUGUAACUGCGACGGCUACACCAACAGCAUCCACACGCUUUCAGUGGGCAGCACCACCCAGCAGGGCCAUGUGCCCUGGUACAGCGAGGCCUGUGCCUCCACACUCACCACCACCUACAGCAGCGGUGUAGCCACGGACCCCCAGAUCGUCACCACAGACCUGCACCACCAGUGCACGGACAAGCACACGGGGACCUCAGCCUCCGCCCCACUGGCUGCGGGCAUGAUCGCUCUGGCUCUGGAGGCCAACCCGCUCUUGACAUGGAGGGACAUGCAGCAUUUGGUGGUCCGGGCGUCCAGGCCCGCGCAUCUGCAGGCGGAGGACUGGAGGACCAACGGAGCUGGGCGCCAAGUGAGCCACCACUAUGGCUACGGGCUGCUGGACGCUGCACUGCUGGUGGGCAUGGCUCGCUCCUGGCUGCCUACGCAGCCCCAGAAGAAAUGUGUCAUUCAUAUCGUGCACACCCGCACGCCAGCAGGAGAGGCCCUGGCCCCCAGCCCCAUCCUGCCGGUCAUGCAUGUGAGGAAGAACGUGUCGGCCUGCGCCGGCCACGCCAACUCCAUCCGUUCGCUGGAGCACGUGCAGGUGCAGCUGUCCCUGUCCUACAGCCGCCGUGGGGACCUGGAGAUCUCCCUCACCAGCCCCAUGGGCACCCGCUCCACCCUCGUGGCCAUCAGACCCUUUGACGUCAGCAGCCAAGGCUACAACAACUGGGUCUUCAUGUCCACCCACUUCUGGGACGAAGACCCGCGGGGCUUGUGGAUCCUGGGCCUGGAGAACAAGGGCUACUAUUUCAACACAGGGACGCUGUACCGCUACACGCUGCUGCUCUACGGGACAGCUGAGGACAUGACGGCGCGGCCCUCGGGCCCCCAGGUGACCAGCAACGCGUGCGUGCAGAGGGACACAGAGGGGCUGUGCCAGGAGUGCCACAGCCCCGCCUACAUCCUGGGCCACCUUUGCCUUGCCUACUGCCCACCAAGGUACUUCAACCACACCCAGCAGGCAGUGACUGCUGGAUCUGGGCGCUCAGCUGUGCCUGCCAUGCGGGUCUGCUCCAGCUGCCACUCGUCCUGUUACACCUGUCGAGGCAGCUCCCCGCUGGACUGCACUGCCUGCCCUCCGCAGUCCACGCUGGAUGAGCAGCAGGGCUCCUGCUCGGGACCCCACCCCACUGAGGCCCAUUCCCAGUCCACAGCGACUACCUGCCCUUGCCCCCAUGGCCCAGCCCAGGCUGUGGUAUUGUCCCUGCUGUCCCUGGCAUUUGGGACCCCCCUCCUCUGCCAUGUUCUCCUCGCGGGCUGCCUGCUGCCAUGGAUGGGCCCCCCUAGGACAGGGGCCCACUCUAGUCGCCAUUCCAGAACCCGCAGCAGGCUGGAACCCAGAGCCGGCUGACAAGGACAGCCAGCAUGCUCCUCGCUCGAGCCCUGAUGGGCACCCCCAUCCUACUGUCCAGACUGGCGCCCCAUAGGAACCUGCCCCGGGAGGGCCCUGGCAGCCUCGGAGGCACAGGCCAGGGGUGGCCACAUGGGAUCCUGCACCCCGGACUUGGCAAGUCAAGGUCAGAGAGAGAGAGAAGUCUCAUUGCAUAGUUUGGGUGGUGUGUGUGAGUGGGGGGCAACCAGGCGGGAGGCCGAUAUCCCGAUAUCCCUUCCCUGUCCCAGAGUGGAGGGAGGGAGAGGCGGAGCAGACGACACUGUACAGAGUUUCCUCUCGGGCACCUCAUCCUCUGACAGUGCAGAAUUUGCAAAUAAAGGUUGAACAGAA